AUGAUUCCACUCUCAAGUUGUAAUGAUGCCGCGGAUGCUCUCAUAGAUUGGUUCGGUCCUGAGGAUCUCAAAUACGUUGUUGGUGGGGAAAGAUGGUGGCAGGUUCGUGGUCUGAACGGCGUAGAUGCUGAAUGGAUCGCGGAGCAAGAAGAUGUAUCCAAUACUCCGCCCAAAUCAGAGAAUGGUAAAAAAAGGAGUACUAUAGAAGCAGACAUUGCUCGCAUGGAGGAACUUGAUACAGUAAUGCUAUAUGUUCAUGGAGCCCAAAAAUUCAAAGGCAAAGCCUUUGCUGUAAACUAUCGAAAGGCACCUCAAUACCCCUGGCCAUGUGCUUUACAGGAUGUUCUGGCUGCGUAUUUUUACCUCAUAAAUCCUCCGCACAGUGCAGCACACAAACCUAUACCUCCCUCAAAAAUUGUAUUCGCGGGAGAUUCUGCUGGGGGUGGCCUCUGCCUAACCACACUUACCAUCCUAAGAGAUUUGAAUAUGCCAAUGCCUGCGGGAGCUGUGUUGAUAAGUCCAUGGAUAGACCUUACCCACAGUUUUCCAAGUGUAAUGCAAAACUACGAAACGGAUAUUAUACCAAAGCACGGAUUCCUUGCAAAACCUUCAACGCUAUGGCCUUUGCCGACCCGACCUGAACACGGAGGUCGCGUAGUUACUACAGUCACCAAUGUACCACCCAGACCUGGAGAUGCUGAUACACUCAAGCCUCUCGAUGGCCUAGCCCAACGUGGACAAGUGACGGAUAGCAAUAUUUACGGGCCUGGAAAGCCGGUUCAAACUCAAGAACAGAUGCUCACCGAUAGUCAAUCUCCCUCUUUUCUAAACAACCGAGAAAAAGCAGCUCAACACCUUACUUCUGGCCACAUAGAUGUUAAUUCCAUAGAUGUUGAUCCGGCUCAAGGUGUUACCAGCUCAAUUGAAAAAGACAUAUCUGAAGAUGAUAUCGAGAAUUGGCACCCCAAACCUCCAAAAGUUCUCAUGGAAAACCCCAAUGCAGUGCCUUUGGAACUGCGCUCGCAAAUCCAGAUGUAUGCAACUACAGAACAGUUAACACAUCCAUUGGUGUCACCUGUGUUGCAAGGGUCACUCGGCAACCUACCCCCGUUGUAUAUAAUAGCAGGGGAAGGUGAAUUGUUGAGGGACGAAAUCAUAUAUCUAGCUCACAAGGCAGCGCAUCCAAAAGACUAUCCAGCAAGCCCCAGUGCACUCAAAUCACGGCGCCAAAGAGAGAACUCUGAAAAGUACAUUGAACCAACUAAGGCAGUUAAUCAGGCCAAGUAUGCAUAUCGAGCAGUAGCAGAAUUUAUCAAACAUGUCACCAAAUACGACGAAGAGCAUUUAAAACGAAAUCCAUUCCCUGAGCUACAUCGACCCCCUGAAGAUAUUCCAGUAGACCGAGACCCCGAUUUACAGGAAAAUGCUGCGGGCAAUACCGAUGAAGACAAAUGUGAAGAAGAAGAAAAUAGCGCCAAUGUACUUGACGUGAACAAGCAGAAAACACCAUCAGAUAUUGGCAUCUAUCUGGAAAACCAAGCCCUGGUUGUGCAAGAGACAGGUGAACCCGAGGCAGAUACCAUAUCUUCUAAAACUUCGAAGACUACGCAAUGUAAUGAUGAUAAUCAGGAUAUCCCGGGAUUAUUGAUGAUUCGUGAGCGUGUCGAUAUAUAUGGGAAAGUUCGGCCCAUGGAACCACGAGACAAACUGGCCGCGUUGCAGCUUGCCGCGUCAGAAAUUGGCCUUCUUAAAGAAGCGCCCGCUCUACGAUGGGCCGCUGGGCAGGAUGAAUGGGAUCGCGUAUAUUCCAAGCAAGCUGAACGAGUUUUGAAGCAAAAGAGUCGCCACGAAGAAAAGGCGAGGCAUAUGCUUCAAAGAGCUUUACAGCAAGGAUUUGUCCACUCCUCACAUGGGCAGCCGAACAGCGAGGCUGGAGUCGUAAUGGAGCAAGAAAAGAAAGUGAGAAGAAGGACGUCUGUGGGUAAGAUUCAACCUGACCGCCGUUGGGGACCACUUGACCUUGAAGGAGAACGGCCCCCGCCUAGUGCUAUUGCAGGGAGAGUUGACACGCCAGAGGCCUUGGCGCUUUUGAAGAAGCACAUUUAUUUUACAGCGCCUGUGACGCAUCUCAUGGUGCCCAAGGUGAGAGCGAGAGAUGCAAUACAAGCAGCGUUCGACCCGGACGACGACCCCAAUAAGCCACCUCCCCAGUCGGUAUCUGAGGAGCAGAUACGAGCUAGAUGCAUUCCGGUGCACGGGCUUAGGAUGUGGGACAACAUACUGCGGUGGGCAGGCCUGUGA